AUGGCGUUCCCAGCCACAAUGGUUAUUCUUCCUGUAGGAAUCGUUUUCAUUCUUUCAGGUCUCAUCGUCAAUGUCAUUCAGGGGGUUUUGUUUGUGUUUGUUAGUCCGAUUUCGAAAUAUUGUUACAGAAAAGUAAACAAAGUGCUUACGGAGUCGCUAUGGUUGGAGCUCAUAUGUCUCGUUGAUUGGUGGGCGGGUGUUAAGGUUGAGUUGUAUGCGGAUUCAGAAACAUUUGAAUUUUUGGGUAAAGAAAAUGCACUUUUGAUAUGUAAUCACAGGAGUGAUAUUGAUUGGCUUAUUGGAUGGGUUUUGGCGCAGCGCACGGGUUGUCUUGGGAGCACUGUCGCUGUUAUGAAGAAAGAAUUUAAAUACCUGCCUGUUAUAGGUUGGUCGAUGUGGUUUGCUGAGUUUUUGUUUCUAGAAAGAAAUUGGGCUAAAGAUGAAAAAACAUUGAAGUCGCGAUUUAAGCAACUUGAACACAAACCAGUGCCUUUUUGGGUGGCUCUGUUCGUUGAAGGAACUCGAUUUACACACACAAAACUGUUGGCAGCUCAAGAGUUUGCAAUUUCAAGAGGGAUGACAGUACCUAAAAAUGUUCUGAUUCCUCGUACUAAGGGUUUUGUGACGAUUGUACAAGAAACGCGAACAUACAUUCCAGCCAUUUACGAUUGCACAUUUACAGUUCCAAAGGGUGAGCCUUCACCUACACUGCUGAGAAUUUUUAAAGGCAUUCCUUCCUCGGUGAAAGUUCAAAUUCAACGACAUAGAGUAGAGGAACUUCCAGAAACACCCGAAGGCAUUGCACAAUGGUGCACAGAUGCUUUUGUUGCCAAGGAUGCUUUACUCGAGAAAUAUAAUACAACAGAGAUAUUCAGCGAGCUAGAACUUCAUGAAACCCGUCGGCCUAAAAGAUCAAUAUUUGUUGUGGCUUGUUGGUCAAGUUUCCUUGGUUUUCUUCUUGUUAAAUUCUUCCAAUGUACUUCACUACUCUCCACAUGGAAAGGCAUCGCAUUUACUGUGCUUUUCAUGGUCGUUGUCACUGUUGUUAUGGAAGUUCUCAUACACGCAACUCAAGCGGAGCGAUCUAAAACUAAUUUACCCGCCAAUUUACCCGUACAAGACCCCAUCAAACAGAGGCUUCUUAAUCCAGACACUACCAAACCUUCACCAAAAAUUUAA